GGUCGGGGUUAUAAUUCGAUCUGUCAUAAUAGCCGGCUGAAAACAGUAAACAAACAUUGUCGUCGUGCAUUUUUGCUCAUUUAUUACCAAACAAUCCGAAGACCUCUGACCAAGCACAACAUUGGAAUGGAAUUUGCGUCCGAUAUUUUUGAUUCGUGCAAUCGUAGCGAUAGUAGUCACUGUGAAAACAACGCAGGAUCUGACGAGCUAAUGGACAGUGUGACAUCAUUUCGAUUCAUUGAGCCUGAAGUUAUAAUCAAAGAGUUCAGCAUCGAGCAAUUGAAAGCAAUGAAAAGCCAACGUUUCGAUAAAGACACCCUGUGCCUGAUAUGUCCGGUGUGUGACAAAAGUUUUCAACGGAACAGUCAUCUCAAACGACACAUACUUAUCCACACCAAAGAGAAGCCCUUCAAAUGCGAUGUGUGUGACCGAGAAUUCAAUCAAUCAUCCACCAUGAAAAGUCAUAAGAAAAGUGUCCACUCGAAUUACAGACCGUUUUUGUGCACAGAGCCCAAUUGUACGAAAUCGUUUAGCAUCAUGUCCAAUUUGAAAAUACAUCAGAAAUCGCAUCAAUUCGUCAAAGAGCUGACUUGCCAGCACUGUACACGAUCGUUUAAACAUCAGAGUUCGUUGCAAGCACACGCGAAGAUGCAUGUUUUCGAACUUAUUGGUAAGAAUUGAAAUUUGUUUGCUUUAGCAUCGAUUUGUUACGGUUGUCGUAGUUUUUGAUGCUAAGCUGUAAACUAGCUACAUUUCAAUUUAGAGAAAAUUUUGAAAUUUUAAGUAUUACGACGAGGCUUAAUUAACAAUUUGGCAACAACAAUUUACAGAUUCAUUCUCAUUUACACUUAAAUGCUAAAAUAUAAGAAAUUGAUAAAAAUGUAGUUCCCAGUGCCGGACUGGCCGUUAUGGGCGUUCGGGCG